AAGAUCUGUCCAUCCCCCGCCACUCUCUGGAUAUCACGCUCCCCGCAAUCUGGGUCCAGACACGGGUUAAAGUCACCCCGGGAUUUUAUAAAGCUUUGGUUCAGCUUGUUCUGAAGCUUUGGCUUUUUUGUCCUCCUGGUUGUAACUUAAGAACCUCUGCCUGAGUUUAAGGAUUCCCAGAUCUGGUGUGACUCCAGCCCGACAUGCCUCUCUCCGGAACCCCAGCUCCUCCCAACAAGAGGAAAAAGCCCUCCUCUAGGAUCAUCACCGACCUCUCCCACCUCUCCCAGAAUGAAAACGAGGAGGAUCCGGAUGCGUCCGAGUUUGACCUGGGUACGAAGGUGCGCCAGCCCAGAGAGAUCAUGCUGGAGGAGCUGUCCCUCAUGAAGAACAAGGGCUCACAGAUGUUUAAGCUGCGGCAGGCGCGGUGCGGCAGGCCCGAGUUCAUCUACGAGAACAACCCGAAUGUCUUCACCAGCGAAUCAAUGGACAACCUGCAGCAGUUUGUGCCGGGCAUCGGGGGUGAGAUGGUGGAUGCUGGCGGGUGCUUGGUCAGCGGGCAGAUGGUGGGGUCUGCAGGCCACGGGGGUAGUGCACCCGUGCCCCCACCCAAACCAGGAGCCGGGGGCAAGGGGGCUGGAGCUGGGGGAGCAGGCGGACACGGCGGAGUCGGAGGAGCCGGGCACGGGGGAGCAGGCGGACACGGCGGAGGUGGAGGAGGAAUAAAGGGAAUGGGAGUGGGAGGACUGGGAGUCGGGGGUGAUCACGGUGGCAAAGCAGGUGAGAGUGCAACAGCGCAUGUGAAGAUGUACAUGUCACCAUGGGAGAAGGCCAUGAAGGGCAAUGAGGAUCUGACGGCUACCAUGAAGAUGCACAUGCCCGGCCCUCACAUUCACGUGGAUCUGCCCAAAUACAAAUCUUUCAACAGGAGUGCCAUUCCCUUUGGUGGCUUCGAGAAGGCCUCCAAGCUGCUGACCUUCCAGCUGCCGGAGGCGGAGGAAAAGGAGGAGGUGGAGCAGCCGGUGGUGUACCACCAGGACAUCAGCACACGACCCUCCUUCAACCGCACCCCCAUCGGCUGGCUGAUCAGCGGCGAGGAGCCCAGCACCAUCCCCAUGGAGGCCAUGGACGCCAUUCCCUUCGAAGGGGAGACCGACGAGCUGUGAGGAGAGGGAGGAGGAACGGGAUGAUGGAUGGUCUCGAAGGUCUUGAGUAGUCAUGACACACACACACACACACACACACACACACACACACACACACACACACACACACACACACACACACACACACACACACACACACACACACACACACACACACACAGUGAGGCCACACCUCAGAGAUGUACACACGGCACACAGAAUGCGAAUUGUCUGGCUUUAAUACCCCCACCUCUGCUAUAAACGACUCCAAUCUCUAGUCGGGGCAAGGAUUUCAUAGCAUUCAAUUCAGCUGCACUGAUGUUGCUUACGUAAAAAUUAAAAACUUUAACCCCCCCCCUUUUUUUUUCUCUGAUAAAUCACACUGUAUUGACACACACACUAAGACAACUAACCUGCACUGCGCAAUGCUACCAUGGCAAGUAUUUUGGCUAUUUGACGAUUAUCUGAGGGCUUUAUAGGACAUGAUUAGCUUUCUACAAAAAUGUUUGAUUUGCUCACAUCAAUUUGCUUUUUUUUCCUUACAAAAAGUUACACAUGAGUGAGAGUGGAAAUAGAUUAACACUUGACAUAUCACAAUGAUUUUCUGCCUGUGAUUAUUCACAAGAAUGUCUUAUGGAACCACCCACAAUUACUGAAAUAGAUAGGCCUAACUGUGAGUGGAAGAUGAAUGUUUUUUUUCUUGUUGCGUUUUUGUUAGUUGAGCAUGUUGCACUUUUCAGAGGUGUCAAAAAGAGGAAAUGUAAAAGUAAAUUCAUGUCAUCUCAAUGGUGUAGAUAUUACAUAGCUGUUACACCAUUUACUCCAUUGUACCUAAUGAGGUGGAUAGACUGUGCUGUUACUGAAAAACACUGAAAACCUACAAGAACCCACCGCAAACUUGAUCCAACCAGACUCAGCUGAUCGUAAGACAAGUACACAGGUAUGCUGGUUAUGCUGAUAAGGUAGGCCUACCUUUGUUGGAAGGAAACUGUUUUUAUUUUAUUUUAUUUUAUUUAUUCUUUUACUUUUAGCCUACUUUUGACACCUCUGGCACUUCUGUUGUGGGGAUGGUCACAAUCGUGCUUAUCUAUCUUCUUGUCACAUUCUAUGCCACACGUCAUUUUAAUGCUUUCCAAAAACAGCAGGCCCACAAGUUAAUUACCCUACUCCCGGUAACAUAGAGGCUCUCUGCAGCUGAGCUCUGACAUUUGCCACUUUGCAAGUCCUUUCAGCCAUUUAAUAAACAUGUUCAAAGUGUAA